GGAACGAGUAUCAAGCCUUUGGGAUCUGCCCGCUACUUCGGGGUCGCCGGUCACGUGAGUCAAGACGUCACCGAUGGUAUAAGCCCCUUUCCCGUUUCUAGCACUAACUACGAUGUCCUCUGAACUCGACACUACCGCUCACAGACCAUUCCAUCGACCUGGUGACGAACCUUUUCAACACCCAGUUGGACAUAUGCAUGCUCACGGUCUAGCGCAAUAUUCUCCUGAGGCAGCGGAAGCGUUUUCGUUCCCUUCCAAGCCUGAGUCAAAGCACAGUGUGUCACCUCUUUUGUUCCAGACCCCGCAACCGCCUCUAUCUUCCACAUCCCCCCAGCGCUGGCCAGGCAUCGACGCAGAAAGCACCAAGAUGCUUUUGAAAGUGUUAGAGGACAAUCAUUCGAGGUGGCAUAUAUUCUUCAAUUACAAGGGAUUUCAUAACCAUGCGGCCCAUCACCUUCUCGCAAUCUGGGCGAUGGGCGCAAGCGCCAAGAUCAUAUUUUCUGCUUAUGAAACUCAUUGCGUGUAUCAGCGGCCUGCGUUUGACUCACCAAGCCGUAUCACACGCCAUAAUUUCAAUGAGCACCUUGGCGACGAACGCUUUUAUUCAGCUUACUCAGAUUUUUUUGCUCUUGAACUCGGGAAGAAAGGGUUUGCUCGCACCUUCGAGGAAUUUGUAUUUGCUCCUUCUGCCAAUUACCUAGCAGAACCACCUCCGGAAGGUGAUGGUCAUCCGGAGAUGCUGUCUCGCUUCAUUGGUGGAUUGCUCCACCCUCUGAUUCACACAGGUUAUGGCGCAGAGUUUGGAUUGCUAGGCAUGUCAGCAGAAGGUCUGGCUAUGACUGCUAUACAUCCUGCGAAGAUGCAUGCACUUCUUCCACCUUCGGAUUUCAGUUCUCCUUUGAAAUCUGGAACCAUGCAUGCCCUAUCAAUUCUCGCACUUGUCGCUAAGGAUGAACGAUUUGAGCAGGUCAAAAUGAUGGACGAUUUAGACAUGCUUACAAUGACCGUCUCAUCUUACGACGAGGCACUUCGAGCGUACGCUGAAAUGUGGAAAUUCGAUGUCGCAAAUAAGGAGGGCGUCGCAAAAGCGGUAGAGGAACUUGCUUGGUUUAACUCGAUAAUUUAUGGAGUAGGGGGCAUGGCUAAGGAUACAUUCAGCGCCGAUUUCUUCUUGAUGCACCUUACCACUUCCGCCCUUUUUCUCCCGUCCCUCGUAACUUCGCUCUAUCAAAACCCUCGUGCCCAAGCAUUGCUGCUGCGUUCCUUCUUCGCAGUGAGCCUGGCGCGCUAUUUAUCGCGGGGACGCCCCAGCCUCGAUAUCGCCAAGUUCUACCGUGACACAUCACGGCUUCUGCCUCCCAGUGGUCUGGAUGUCAUUCCGGGUCCGCAGCCUUCACCUUUCGAGGACACACUUCCCGACAAGAAUUCUCCUGAAGCGCGGACGCCAAAUUCCUGGCUAUCCAUAAUACAGACUACGCUCGUGCAUCCCAACGAACAUUUGUGCAAGGUGCAGCGGGCACUCGCGCAUUUUGCAUCAUUGUACGGCUUGCGAGGACAGGGAUGGUUCACCACCCGCAAACAAGCGAGCGUAGCUAUAGAUAACAGUAAGCUCGAAGAUGUCGAGCGCGACAUGGGACUUGGAGAGUUGGAUGGAACGUUGUUCCUCCGCGUGGCUAUGCUUACUGCGCACACGCUUGGAUGGAUGAGAGAGGGCCAGCGCGAGGAGGGGUGGGAUUAUGAAGGAUUUUAUGACAAGUGAGGCGAGGACGUGAAACACUUCGGAAUUGUAGUGUACAAUAGUGGUACAAGGGUGAGUGCUAUGUCUUGUUAUUCUGAACUUCCAGGUGCAAA